GCGUUGGGUAACGGAUGGAAAGAAAUCGAGCGAUUGGCGGGAGCUUAGCAUGAUCCAGCAAGGGAUUCGUGGGGUCGUAGCCUCGACCACGACCCGUUGUGAUCCCGAAAUCAUCUCCUCUCCCUUCUCUCUCUCUCUCUCUCUCUCUCUCUCUCUCUCUCUCUCUUAUGGGAGACUGCUUCUCCUCCGCUUUCUCUUGCCACUGUUUCGCCUUCUCCUCUGUUCUCUCUUCGGAGCGCUCUGUCACUGGUAGUAGAGAAAAGACCAGAAGGUUACGAGAUUUUGAUCCCUCUCUUUUCUUCGCAAUCUGGGCGACGGUUUUUGCUCUCUUUCGAUAUCUUUCCAGUCUCUUCGAUCCGGGCCACUCCUUUCUGGAUCUAAUCCGGUGGAAAGCUAGCUCCUUGGAGCUGAUGGCUUGGUGAAAUCUGCUGGGUCUCACUCGUUUCGUCUCUUGUGCUCAUCUGCCCUGUUCUCAGAUUCGUCGUGGCUUUUCGGAAACUGAAAAGGAGAGAGGAGGCAGUUAUCUGCCAUCAAGAAAAUGGGAGCCCAUCCCGUGGACGGAAGAAGCUAUUACCAGAGCGAGGCUCCGGCUUUGGGGCCGGAAGACGGAUCGGUCGCCGCAAAUGGGAAGCUGGCGAAGACCAGGUUUCGGAUUCGAUUAAACAAGUGUGAGAAGGCCGGCGAGCAGAACGAAGAGGCAGCUCGUGAAGAAGCGGUCUCUUCUGACCGGAGCUUACGAAGAGCCUCCGAUGGUGACAUGAGAGCUCGCCAUGUCUCCAAUGGAGAGCUCGCAGAUGAUCGAGACGAACACACCGAAUCUCAGAACGUCGCAGAUGGCACAGUCGUCGAGGAUCCCGGGAGCUCCGAAAGCAAGAACGGAGGUGAUAACGUGGCUGAGGGGCCUCCUACUUGUGCCGUGUGUGGGAAGACCUUUCCUUCGUUGAAAGCAUUAUACGGUCACCUGAGAUGCCAUCGUCAAAGAGACUACAGGGGGGCGCAUCGGCCACCCGAAGCAAAGAAGAAGAGGAAGAAGAAGAAGAAGAUCCAAAUAGGCGCCGGUUCUUCAUCCAACAAAGCGCUGACCGCAAAGAGAGGUCACAAAGGGAUUCUCGACUUGAAAGACCCUGAAGCCAAUGCAGCUGAAAUUCUGUUGCAGAUGUCAAGGAGCAACAAUCUGCGACCUACGCCAUGCAAUAUAGGAAGAGGAAAGAGGAAAGAGAUGGAUGAGGAUGCCAUGCAUUCCGAGAAUGCAGAUGGGAUCGAAGGCGAGUGCACUGGUGUGGAAGCAUCAAGCAGCCAGUCUGUGUUCGAAGGAGAAGUCAAGAAGGAGAAGAAGAAGAAGAUCAAAGAUCUGGAAUCAGUGCAUGAAUCCAGUCCACCAACUCGAGAUAGAAGAUACCGCUGCAGAAUCUGCGGCAAGUCUUUCUCUACCCACCAGGCACUGGGGGGUCAUAUGGCGAGUCACAACAAGAGCAAGAACAAUUCGGAAGAAGGGGAUGGGACAGAAGACAGCAACCUGGCCCAUGCUGAUGAGGAAUUGGCCGAUUCAAACACUUUGGUGCCCGGAACAGCAACCACGGAACACCGAUGCAAGACUUGCCAAGCGGCGUUCCCCACAGGGCAGGCCCUCGGCGGGCACAAGAGGAAGCACUGGAACGGUCCGGCGAUGGCGUCGGCGACGGUGGCGCCCCCACCACCAGCACCAUCAUCUGAGAGUGUUAAGGAGGCAAACAAUGUACCUUCACCUUCUGCACCAUCAUCUGAGAGUGUUAAGGAGGCAAACAAUGUGCUGCUUGGCAUUGACCUCAAUGAAAUGCCAAUGUUGGAAGAUGAAGAACCGUAGUCUAGAAAUUCUUAUCAUGCUCUAUCGUAGGACUAGAGCAGAUGACAUUUGAACCUUCAAUCUGGUUUUCAGUUAGUAGGGUAUAUGACUUGGUGAUCAAAUAUUAAAGCUCCAAAUUUUGUAUUUAACCAGUUGUUAUUGGGUCGCAGCUGGUGGAGCUGGUGGAGCUGGUAGAACUUGGUUGUGAAAAAGGAACCUUUG